AUGGAAGAACUCACCAGCUUCCUGACAUCUAUCGGCGAAGAGGUCGAAGAUGCCGAAGAGGAAUGCUUCCUUCUCUUCGCGCAAGACAUUCCCUCGGCCAAUCUAGGCUUCGUCGAUUCACGAGCAACGUCUGUCGAUGUAACCAUCCACGGACAAGACUAUACCAUUAACCAAUCUCCGACGCUGUUGUCGUCGUCGCGCGCGGGCGGCACGACUGGCGCAGAAUGGAUAACAACGCAAUCCAACCCGCUGUGGACCAACACGAUCCUCGCCCCAACCUCGACAGCCCUCGAACUCGGCUGCGGCAUCUCAGGCCUCAUAGCCCUGGCCCUCUCCCCCACCAUCACGCACUACAUCGCCACCGACCAAGAAUACGUGCAUCGUCUCCUGCGCUCCAAUCUCGAGUCCAACGCCCCGAAGCACCCACAGCCCAAGUCCAAGGCUAGCAACCGCAAAUCCAGUAAACAGGGCAGCACCACCACCACCAACAAGACAUCACAAAAGUCCACCACAAACAUCACCUUCACCACCCUGGACUGGGAAACGGAUGACCCGGCCGCGCUGAAGGAUAGUAUCCCGACUAGUGACGGGGGCGCGGAUCGCGGGUUUGAUGUGCUGAUUUCCUGUGAUUGUAUCUAUAAUGAGGCGUUGAUUGCGCCGCUUGUGCGCACUUGUGCGGAUGUGUGUCGGCUGAGGGCGGUUUAUGCUCCUGGGGGGCAGUUGCGGGAGGGGGAGAAGAGGCCCACGGUUUGUGUGAUUGCGCAGCAGCAGCGGUCACCCGAGGUGUUUGAGGCUUGGUUGAGGGAGACGAUGAGGGCGUUUCGGGUUUGGAGGGUGAGUGAUGAGGUGUUGGGGAGGAAGUUGGCGUCUGGAUCGGGGUAUUUGGUGCAUGUGUUGGUGUUGAAGGGUGGGGAUAUGUGA